UUGCAGUCGAAAUGGGAGGUUCCCAUGGGUUGUGAUGCAUCCAACGUGGGACGGUGGAACGCUGAGAAAAAAAGGAAAGUAGGAACAGAAGAAGGGAAAAACUCUCAUGGUGGGUCUGAUUUGAAGUGGGAGCUUGAAUUCGUUAAUAACCGGAUCACCGAGAUUUCCUGACUAUAUACUGCAUUUGAUAAGCAGCUACGGGACUUCUGCAACUUCACUCGAUGAAAUGUGUGUGGAAAGUUGGACGUAGUCGACGCUUAUUGAAGAGGUCUUUGGGUUUUGCUGUUAACCUUACAUCGAUGAUGAAAAUUGUUUUAGAGACCACUCUGCCAGCGCCGUGCUUGCGCUGACGGGAAACUUGGUAACGAUAUCCACAACCACUUUGUAGCAAGUUUGUAUCCCUUGGAUUUUGGCGACUCUGGAAGAAACUUUGUUUCAAGCGUUGGCGUUUGUUUCGAUGCUACAUUGUCGUGCAACCUGAACAUGGUGGUUGGAAGUUCUUGGAAAAUGUUAAACUCUACGCGGUGUGUGCAUUUUCCACUUCUGAAGAGGCUGUUCGUGAAAUAACAAGAGACUUAUCGACUUUCAUCCGUUGUUAUAGCAUAAUAAACACUACAGCAUUUAGACUGUUUCAGCCAGCCUUAUAGCAAGGCAUGCCAAAACUAACCGUCUAACCUACAAGGAGACCCUUUUCAACCUUUUAUGGACAACUGCCGGCAAGUUGCCUUUAGUUUUGGCCGCUGGACAAGUUUCUUGAAUUGCCUUGUAAUUCGUGAUUCACCUUUGAUUUUUAGUUAGCCAUACAGAGCACGGGAAGACAAUUAGGCUAUCUUACGCUCAGCUACAAGAAAUCAAAUGUAGCUUCAAUGGCUCGCAAUUGCGCUCCUGUUAUCACAUUUACUUGCUUAGUAUUCACACCAUGAUGAAUGUAAAGUAUCAUCUUUGAAAAGAUCAUCUGUAAUCUACAUCAGAUUUCCCAAUUUGUGGAUUUGAGGAGAGCGAUCAAGACAACGCGCGAUUAGAACUGGAUACAAAAUGGCGGCCUCCCUGGGUCAGAUCGGAUCUGUUUCAUAUUAUGUAUUUUAUUUAAUGUUGUCCUUGGAACUGUUACUAAAUUACGGAUUGAGUGCUGAUAUACCAUGUGCCCAAAACUGUACAUGCACCGGAGAUUCUGUGGACUGUAGCAACUUGGAUUUGACUGAUAUUCCUCAGGACCUGCCAGCUGGGACUAUUUCUAUAAACCUGAGCCACAACAAGCUGACAGCAGUCGAUACGGACAUCCUCUCCAGCCUCCCAAACCUGCGAGAAGUGCGCCUGGACCACAACGAGCUCACCGCCAUCCCCUCCUUCAGGCUGGCCUCUUCCAGAAUCGCAGUCCUCUACCUGCAGCACAACAAGAUCGGCCAAGUGGACGGCCGGAAGCUCAUGGAGCUCACCGCUCUGGAGACGCUGGACCUGAGCAGUAAUGACAUCACCGAGCUGAGAGCCCACUGCUUUCCCGCGGGGCUACAGAUCCGAGACCUGUACCUGAGCAGUAAUAAGAUCGUGCACCUGGAGGCCGGGGCUUUCGACCAGCUCUCCAACAGUCUGCAGGUCCUCCGCCUCAGCCGCAACCGCCUCACACACAUCCCCGUCAAGGCCUUCCAGCUCACUCGCCUCACCCAGCUGGAGCUGAGCAGGAACCGCCUGCGGCUGAUCGAGGGCCUGACCUUUCAGGGUCUGUCCCGCCUGGAGGUGCUCAAGCUGCAGAGAAACAACAUCAGCAAGCUGACCGACGGAGCAUUCUGGGGGCUGGCCAAGAUGAGGGUGCUUCACCUGGACUUCAACAGUCUGAAGGAGGUGAACAGCGGCUCUCUGUACGGCCUGACCUCCCUGCAGCAGCUCUACCUGGCCAACAACUCCAUUGGCCUCGUCAACCCGGACGGCUGGAGGUUCUGCCAGAAGCUGCGUGAGCUGGCCUCAGAGUGCCCAGCUCCAGCCCAGCCCAGCCCAGCCCAACCCUGCCAUGUUCCCCUCCGCCUCACCCCUGACUCCUCUCUCCUCUUUUGUCUCCGUCUCCACAGGGAGCUGGACCACAACGACAUCUCGGGCACUAUAGAGGACACCAAUGGGGCCUUCACCGGAUUGGACAGCCUCCACAAGCUAACUCUGUUUGGAAACAAGAUCAAGUCGGUGGCCGAGAAAGCCUUCUCCGGCCUCAAGGCUCUGCAGCACCUGAACCUGGGAGAGAACGCCAUCCGCUCCAUCCAGAAGGAGGCCUUUGCCAUGAUGGGGAACCUUCAGAGCCUGCGUCUUGAGAGCGACAGCUUCCUCUGUGACUGCCAGCUGCACUGGCUGCCCGUGUGGCUGACGGCUCGAGGGCUCAAGGCAGGCAUCAGUGCCACAUGUGCCCACCCUGAGAGCUUGAAGGGCACCAGCAUCUUCGAGGCACCCGCCGAGAGCUUCGUGUGCGAUGACUUGCCGAAGCCCCAGAUCACGGUGCAGCCGGUCAGCACGGUGUCGGUGCUGGGCCAGGACGUGCGGCUGAGCUGCACGGCGGCCAGCAGCAGCAGCUCGCCCAUGUCCUUCGCCUGGCGCAAGAACCAGGAGCCGCUCCGCCACGCCGAGCUGGAGAACUUUGCCCACAUGCGCGCCCACGCCACCGAUGCCGCCGCCGCCGCCGCCGCCUCCUCCUCCUCAGCCUCUGUGGCCCCAGCGCUGUCCCACAGCAACGUGAUGGAGUACACCACCGUGCUGCACCUGCGCCACGUCACCUUCGCCCACGAGGGACGCUACCAGUGCGUCAUCACCAACCACUUUGGCUCGUCCUACUCCCAGAAGGCCCAGCUCACAGUGAAUGUGUUGCCCUCGUUCGCCAAGACUCCAGAGGACCUGACGGUGCGGGUCGGAAACAUGGCCAGGCUGGAGUGUGCGGCCGAGGGCCACCCGGCCCCCCAGAUGGCCUGGCAGAAGGAUGGCGGCACCGACUUUCCGGCUGCCCGUGAGCGUCGCAUGCACGUGAUGCCCGACGACGACGUCUUCUUCAUCACCGAUGUCAAGCCCGAGGACGCCGGCGUCUACAGCUGCACCGCCCGCAACUCGGCUGGCACCGCCUCGGCCAACGCCACCCUCACCGUGCUGGAGACUCCACGGCUGGACGAGGACAUGGAGGACCGGAGCGUGGUGGUGGGCGACACGGUGGCGCUGCAGUGCAAGGCCCUGGGCAGUCCGCCUCCCAGCAUCACCUGGCUCCGCGGCGACGAGCCGCUGCGCCCCAGCGAGCGCCACCACUUCACGGCGGGCAACCAGCUGCUCGUCAUCCGGCAGGCCGUGCCCGACGACGCCGGCCGCUACACCUGCCGCAUGUCCAACAUGCUGGGCACGGAGCGCGCCCACUGCCAGCUGAGCGUGCGGCCCCAGGCGCCCGGGCCAUGCGCGCCACCGCCAGGCCCUGCCGCGGGAACCAUUGCUGCCGGCAUCAUCGUCAUCGCCGUGGUGACAAGUGUGGUGGCCACCUCACUGGUGUGGGUGUGCAUCAUCUACCAAACGAGGAAGAGGAGCGAGGAGUGCAGCGUCACCAACACAGACGAGACCAUCGUCCCUCCUGAUGUCCCCAGCUACCUGUCCUCCCAGGGGACACUGUCAGAGAGGCAGGACGGGUCCAUCCGUGUGGACAGCAGCAGUGGCUCCCAGCCGAAUGGCCACAUAGACAGUAACGGCUUUGACCAUCCUGUGUGUUCCGACUGCCUGGAGAACUACUCCAAGCCCCCCGACUACCUGCUGCAGAGCAUGGGCCCAGUCGGCCUGGAGUACCAGCAGACCCACCACCCCUCGGGGUACAUCAGCGUCCCGGUGGGCAGCCCGCCGACGCCCCUUCACAACAACACCAACACCACCACCGCCGCCAUCACCAUCAGCGCGCCCCAUUCAGCCCCCCACUGCAACGGCACACCCAAUGGGAUCCGACGGGACCCGCAAGCCUUCCCCAGCAACCACGACAGGGUGGCCUCGCCCAAGAAGCUCGGGGAAAGCAAAGAUCCCACCAUCACCAGGCUAGGUACGCCGGGGUCCGAGAACUUCAUCCGGCCAAUCAAGCUGUCCCCCUUGACUUCGGUGGACAUCGAGCGCGGCGACUCGGAGGUCACACAGACUCUACUGUCCAACGGACACGUGCCCCGAGUCGUCGCCAGUGAGAACACCUCCCUCAGGCGGGCGAGCGACUAGCACCCCCCACCCCCCGGAAUCCUCUCACCCCACGAAAAAAACACUUUGGACUCUCGAUGCCGCCAUCGCCUUCUUUUUUUGACGUUUGUCUUUUUUAUUUUUGCACUGAGAGCUGCUACCUCAGCCAGGAGAAGGUGGAGGAGGAGGAGGAGGUGGGGGCAGAGCUCGCUCAGUUUCACUAAACUGAGAGGAAAAGAGGAGGAGGAGGAGGAGGAGGAGGAGGAUGAUGGAGGCGGACGUUUCAGGGUUGAAAGGUGAAGCUUGCUUGUGUGGGCUGUGUCCCGCGCGAGCGUUUUAGCUGUACAUAGUCUUAAAUCUUCCCAAGGGAGCUUCCAUUUAUUAAGUGAAAAAGAGAAAAGUGACUUGCAUUUGAAGCAUGCAAAUGUAGGGAGAACUGUACAGUAUAAAAAAGAGAGUGAUAUAACAUUGGACAAUGGACUGUACAUAAGAGGUUUCAUAUAAAUAUAUAUUAUAUAUUAUAUCUAACUUUUACAAAGAGUAUUUGGAUUUAUUCUGUGCAUGAUAAGAACUGAGUGAUGGUAUUUUUUUUUUCUUGUUAACAAGCCUUUCCAGCUUUUCUUCCUCACUGUUAUCUGUGGUGCCUUAAUAAUGCAUGAACAAAGAAACCAAGAUUCCACCAUAGCUGCAAUAGAGAUUUGAACGUUUGCUCGAUGUACAUCAGUACAUUUAGUGGUUGUCAUGCCAUAUAUCACAACAUGCAGUGCAUUGCAGUGAAAUCUUUGACCUGACAACCUGUCGGUCUGUGGCCUUAAGUCAUGUAGCUCUUAUGGAUUGAGCGAAGAGUUUUGAUAUGAUUUAUUUGGCAUUGGAGAGGAGACACAGGUUGGCUUUAUACAAGGAAAUAAUGUUCCAUUGAUUUAAGCACUUUGCCCUAUGAUUUAUAGGACUUUUUCUUUAAAAGUUGCAGAUUGUGAUUGUACUCUUAUAGGAAUGUAUGGAUUUCUAACAGCUUUGCCAAGGCACACAUCACAAAGCUCACAUUUUGUGUCUCAAACAAACAAAACAUGUAGAAAAAAAAAAAUCAAGACUCUUCCAUUGACUAUAAGGUCCUGACCACAUCACCAAGCUGCUUUUUCUCACCCCAAUACCUGUGGUACUUAAGUAGAUGUGUAUUUACUUUUGUUUUUUCUUUUCUUCUGGAAAGUAAGUGACAUGAAUGUGGACCUCCUCCAAAAACAACAGUAGUGUUUUUUGUUUGUUUGUUUGUUUUAAAAAUCAUAACAAAGAUGCCUAGUUCUCACAGAAGCCUAAUGUUGCCAAACUACAAAAGGGAUAAUGUCCAUCUCUGAACUCACUUGAACAGGAGGCUGCUCAGAGUGCUGCAUGAACUGCUGUCUCGGGGUCUCCAAGCAGCACCCCGUGUCACACACACACACACACACACCCCAAACAACACACACACACUCAACAACACACACACCAAACCAAACAACACAUUCACACACACAGGCAAUGGCCAGUAAACUCUAAACCUUACUCCAGCUUUCUUAACACCUGGUUGCAACACUACAUCAAAGUCUGUUCAGAUUUGUCAUGAUCCACAUCCACACCCAUCGAAGAGGAACGGCCAGCAAAGUGCAAAACUUCAUUCUGUGAAAACGUUGCGUUACCUUAAAAAUUUCUUUCUACCAAACCAAGUAGAGCUGAACAGCCUAUAAUUUGUUUGAAUGGACAUUGUUGGGAUUGUGGGCUUUUUUUAAACAAUGUGCUCAGAUUAAUUUAUUGAAAUGAACACUCAAACUGUUGUACAUUGACAAAGCUAAGACGUUGAGGUGUCUAACAUGGCAAGUGUCUAUUAAAGUCACAUUUUGCUAUUUUACACAAUGA